AAAAUUUUUAGUCAUUGGUUCCCAAGACUCAUCCACCGAACAUCAUGUGGAAAAUCGUGUGUCUUCUGUUCGUGGCUUGUGCCUUCUCCGCUAGUGCGCAUGUGCCCAGAAGUGGAAAUGAGUUAGUUUCGAUGGUUGUUAGCAAUUGUGUAGAUAUGGAUUGUGUGAAAUUAAAUGUUUUGAAGUAUCUGGAUGGUUUAUUGCAUAUCGAAGGGGAUUCAGCUAGAGGUGUCAAGGACAUUGAUGCAGCCAUAUUCAAGAGGGUAGCAAAGGUUCUGAGGACCAAUGAGUUCAGAUUCAAAUUGCCCCAAGCCCUUUUCGAUGGUAGUGAAAUUGUGUACAACCCCAAAACUGGAUUGGACAUCAGUGAAGACUCACAAUCUCGAGGUAUCUUGAAAAAGAAGCUUCUAUUCCCUAUUCUUCUCUUGAUGAAACUGAAAAUGCAACUGCUUAUGCCUGUUUUGCUUGGUCUCAUCGGCUUGAAAUCAAUCAAAGCUCUUAUCAUCAGUAAAUUGGCUCUUGGUGUUGUUCUCGGAUUCUUGAUCUACCAAUUGUGUACCAAAGCAGGUAUGCCUAUGCCAAUGUCCAUGGCUCCAAUGCCAUCUGAACCACCAUCCUCCAUCUAUGGACCACCGAGCACUGCUCCUCCCCUAGAUUCGUACAAUCCGAACUAUGACCCAUCUGCCAGCCAAGGUGGCCCAUAUGCAAGAAUCUGGACACCAACUAACGGAGAAGCUCAGCAAGUAGCUUAUUCUGCCUACUACCCUGGAUCAGGAUCAUCCUCCACAACUCAGCCUUGAAAACAGACCAUUAUGAGACGUGAAUCGACAGUUUUGGGUUUAAUUUAUUGUGACACCACUUAAGUUAUUUGUAUAUAUGAAUGUUUCAUUAAAAUAUUUAUUUAUGAA